AUACAUAUAAAUGAUGGCUGUACAGUGAUAUUAAAGCAAUAAUACAUUCAACUUGAUUAUAAAACAAAAUGUAUUUUGAACGCUGCUAAAUCUUCAAAGACUUUCUUGUUAAUGUACUGGGAAAAGUAUUGAAUUGGACUCCAGUCUGCAGGGGUUGUAGAGUCAUCUUGACAGUUAGGAAACCCAGGUAGCACAGGUGUGAAUCUAUUAUUAUGGAAAACAACAUAACAGCACCUAGGCCUAUGUGAAAGGUUAUAACAGGAAUAAUAAUUACAACUCACAUAAAUCUAUUUGUGUUAAAUGCAGUCAGGUCGUAUGAAUCAUUGGGAUAAAACAUAGGCCUACGUGCUACUGCUGGCCCACAGAGGAAGACGUCUUUCCUGCUCAUCCCUGUCUGUCUGCUCAUCUGAGCCUCCUGUGUCGUCUUCUUCUUUUUCACCUGGCUCAAACUCCUCCUCCUCAUUUCUCUCAUCAUCUGAAAGCUCCAAAUCUGGUUCUCCCUCAACUAUCUUUUGAAGAAUCCUCUCUGCGUCUGAGUUUGGCCUCCUACAGCCAUGUUUAAAUACACACAUUUUGUCCUGGUGUCCAAUAUUCAUACAAGGACUAUUAUUUAAAGAAAAUCAAAUAGCUGAAAUGCUGCCUAAAUUGUAUACAAGUGACAGCGCUGGCCCGAGUACUGUGCUUUUUCCCUUGGAUCAGAAGUAACCUGGCUAGUCACAUGGAUUUAACUUUUGAUGUGUUCUGUAUGUCGGCUGUCAUCCCAUUGUUUUCCCUAACCAUUGCUGCAUGCCACUGCCUCCCUGCUGUAAAGCCAUGUGGCGUGUCCCGGCCUUGCUACUAGCCCUCACCAGCGGCGCUCUGUCUCUGGACAAGCUCAACAUGUGUAUGGACGGCAAACACCACAAAGUCAACCCUGGCCCCGAGGGAAAACUUUACCUCCAGUGUGCUCCCUGGCGUGAAAAUGCAUGCUGUACUGCAAACACCAGCACAGAAGCCCACGACGACGCCUCGUACCUGUACAACUUCAACUGGAAUCACUGUGGCGCCAUGAGCCCCCAGUGCAAGAAACAUUUCAUCCAGGACACUUGUUUCUAUGAGUGCUCACCUCACUUGGGACCCUGGAUUCAACCGGUGGAUCAGAGCUGGCGAAGGGAGCGUAUCUUGGAUGUGCCGUUGUGUAACGAGGACUGCCACAGUUGGUGGGAAGACUGCAAGAAUGAUUUUACCUGCAAGACGGACUGGCACAAGGGAUGGGACUGGAGCUCAGGUACUAACAGAUGCCCCGAAGGCAGUAAGUGCAGGAAGUGGACCGAGGUUUACCCCACUGCCAAGUCCAUGUGUGAGCAAAUCUGGUCCAAUUCCUACCUUUACACCACUCACCCCAAAACCUCAGGCCGCUGCAUGCAGCUCUGGUUCACGGGGUCCAACCCCAACUGGAAGGUAGCGGAGUACUACCUCAACAACGCAGGGCAACACCAAAGCUUUGCCCUGACAGCGCUACUUCUCCCGGCUGUUGCAUCUUUCUCUGUGAUGAUGUACUAAAAUGUUAACCUCUUGUAUCACCUCAGAGCUACCAAAUUAUCUUCUGCCUCUGUGGCUUUCUCAUCUGCUUUUGACGAGAUAGCUCAACAAUAAAGUGCAAGAUUUGUUGCUGUGUAUUUCAUAAUUAAACCUGUAAUUGGCUCUGGAA